CCUCGCUCCACCUCAUUUUCAUCACCACACAUCUCGACUCUUGAAAACUAGCAAUAUGGCGACGUCGAUCUGGUCGCGUAAGCGCGAUCUGGUCUACCUUGUGUUUUUCAUCGUGCAUCUGCCUGUUAUGCUCGCCUUCGACCUAACAUCCUACUACCCCCUCUCCCUAAAACCCGAAUGGAUGACCACCCUCCGAACAUGGUACAUAACCACACACGGCGAUCGCUUUUUCUACAACCCACCCGCCUACUUCCCCGCCCUCCAAUUCCUCGAGCUAACCCUCCACGUGCCCUUAACCCUCUGGGCCAUCCCCGCCCUCCUGCGCAACGACCCGCGCGUCCCGCUCGCGCUGCUGGUCUUUGGCCUCGAGACGAGUGUUAGUACGCUGGUUUGUUUGGCGGAGAUGUUGAGUUGGGGGGAACUUAGUGCGGGGCAGAGGGGGGUGGGCGGGUUGGGCGGGAUGUAUGGCGCGUAUUUGGGGGUUGGGGUUUUUAUGACGCUGGAUUGCUAUGCGAGGCUUGAUCGGUGGAUUGCGGGGCAGAGGGGGUUGGUGCCGGUUUCGAAGAAGGGGGUGUGAGGGGAUGGUGGUGAAGAUGGGAGUUGACAAUGACACGCGUUGAUAGGCUGUGGAGUUGGGGGAGAUGGAUAUCGCUGAAGGGAGGGGGGAAGGUUCAUCAGCCUUGGGGUUUUGGCUUUUGACAGCUGACAGAUGAGGACAAUACGGUCAAGAUAAUUCAUACAUCAUAUACACACACAUGUAAGAUUAUAAUCCUACUAACCGC